AUGUCAAAGAUACAAGUAUCCUCGGUCGUCAGCCUGCCCCCGUUUCAGCCUUUACCUUUCAAGCGCAUUCGCAACGUAUAUCCCAACACCUCUGACACGCUGGGACUGGGCAUCAGGGGCAUUCUCAAGUCGUUGCUCAAUUGCAAGAGCUCAGCAGUGCCAAAACUGAAGAUUAAGCAUGACAGUGACGAGAGGAAAGAGCGACAAGAAGAUCCGAGACAGAAUAAGAAGACGGAGGAGAUUAAAUGGAAUAGACAUAAGGAAAACUGCUUCUUCAUCAUCAGCAUAGUCGUACUCAGGCCGGCCGUAAAAAGUCAUUUGGCUUCCCUGGAGACCAGUGGACUGCUGAGAAAAAUGAAGAUUAGUAGAGCAGAAUACAGAACAAUUGCAAAGUUCAUCGAGCAACUUCGGCCGACCCGCCAAUGUAUGAAGAUGCUAAAGGACCGAUUCCCCAAUCACUCGCAGUCCACUCUUCUGAGCAUCUUCUCCCUGGAGUACCAGAAACGAAUGAAACGAAGUCUUGCGAAGCAUCACGCCCCAGACGUCAUUGAAGACUAUUACCAGAGGUACCGUAUUGAAGCCAGCAAGCAUCCAUCAGAGCCUGUCCUGCUCGAGUUAGCCAAUGAGGUGGACCUGUCCCCAUCUCUCCUGGCUCGUCUGGUGCUUGAGCGCUUCCUGGAGGAGCACCAGGGUUCAGUUUCGUCCAAGCAAGUCCUGAAGAGCAUGUUACGGGAGCCAUCUUCAAUUCCAGAUGUGCUGUUAGCCAAACAUGUGGAACAGUGCACCAUAAAUGACUGCUGUUAUGGACCACUGGUAGACUGCAUCAAACAUUCUAUCGGUCAGGAGCACGAGGAGAUUCUGAGAGAGAAGCUCAGAGAGAAGAACUUGUCUUUCCUGGAUGAGAAUCAGCUACGGGCCAAGGGUUAUGACAAGACCCCUGACAUUAUUCUGGAAGUCCCAAUUGCUGUUGAAGGCCACAUUGUUCACUGGAUUGAGAGCAAGGCCUCGUUUGGGGACGAGCAAAGCCAUCGCACCUACCUGAAUGAGCAGUUCUGGAGCUACUGGAACAGGUUUGGCCCGGGUCUCGUCAUCUACUGGUACGGCUUCAUAGCAGAACUGGACUGUCAGCGGGACAGAGGAAUCUUGCUUAAAGACUGCUUCCCCUCAGACAUCGUGACUCUGUGCCAUGGCCCGGAGUAGUGCUGACGCUAAAGCCCAGGGUGAUACCGGGGGCUAAACCAGGGAGCCACAGGGACAUUUGCUGGAAGAGACGUGAAUCCGGAAGCAAUUUAGUUUUCCUGCUGCGUGAAACUACUGGCAAGCAUCUGUUUUGAACUCCAGCUGAACUCCCAGGGAUUAGGGUUGUGAUUGUACCUCUGGGCAAUAUCACUCUAGGAAGCCUGGGCUGGGCCUGCAUCUCCUGGGUCUUGAGGAAGACUGUCUUAUCGCUGCCCUUUUCCUUGUCACAAUGCCCCCACUUGCACUUCCGAGGCUACAUGGAGGUGAUCUCUGUUAUCCACUUUCUCUUUGUCUUUGAUAGGGGUGCGGUCCCAUAGGGUCUCCUCUGACCUUUUCCUCUUUGCUAUUUUUGAUUUGGAACAUUUCACAGGUUUGCCACAUGCCAAGUGGGUUUUAAGUGAUGGAUUUAAGGUGGUUAUAUUUUAUUUAUUUUAUUUUGUGCUACCUUAAAUAUACAAUUAAAGUGACGGCAGAAAUCUUCAACUUUCAGAUGUAUUUCUUCUAGUAGUGAUUAAGGGUCGCUGUAGAUUUCAAGAAUAAAGUUAUCACAUGUAAAGUAAAAAAGUUAUAAGUUCUGAUUUUACAAGAACAAAAUUGUAAUAUUUCAAGAAUGCAGUGGUAUAUCAAAAUUACUAUUAUAAUCUAAAAGGAAAGAAAUCAAAAAGUUUCGACAUAUGGGGGG